UGUUUCUGUGAAGCUGAGGCAUGGCUGCUGGAAGGUUACUGCUCUAUGCUGGCCUCUCUUUAGCUCUGUGUGCCCUUGGCAUGCUGGCUGUGGCAAUCUGCUCUGACCAUUGGUAUGAAACUGAUGCCAGGAAGCACAGAGAGAGGUGCAAGAGCAUCACCACUAAGAGAAAUGAUCCUGGCUUCAUUUAUAACUCCAACAACAACCUGCCUCUCAGGGCCAGCAGGUCUAGGUUGGACCGCUGGGAAGGGAAACUCCUCUUGGCAAGAAACAGGAGGCAGAUCUUUGCUAUGAGCGCAGUCGACGAGUGCAACAGACAGUACAACUCCACCAAUAUGGGGCUCUGGAGGAAAUGCCACCGACAAGGAUUCGACCAGGAGCUGGAGGAGCUGAUUGCCAAAGGAGCAAUUGAGCGGUGCUCGUACAUCAAGUACCACUACUCCUCAGCCACCAUCCCCAAGAACCUUACCUACAACAUCACCAAGACGAUCCGCCAGGAUGAGUGGCACGCCUUGCAUCUGCGCAGGAUGACAGCUGGUUUCAUGGGCAUGGCUGUGGCCAUCAUCCUUUUUGGAUGGAUUAUUGGCGUGCUGGGGUGCUGCUGGGAUCGAGGCCUUAUGCAGUAUGUGGCAGGGCUUCUCUUCCUCAUGGGAGGAACCUUCUGCAUCAUUUCACUGUGCACGUGCGUGGCUGGAAUCAACUUUGAGCUCUCCCGCUACCCCCGCUACCUGUACGGACUUCCCGACGACAUCAGCCAUGGCUAUGGCUGGUCCAUGUUCUGUGCGUGGGGGGGCCUGGGCCUCACUCUGAUCUCUGGCUUCUUCUGCACUCUGGCCCCUUCUGUCCAACCUGUCCCCAGGACCAACUGCCCCAAAUCUAGACCUGAGAAUGGGACAGUGUGCUAAAGCAAAUAGCAAACAAAUACACACACACACAGAGACAUAUAUAUAUAUAUAUGCCUAUGUAUGCCUAUACAUGCAUAUAUAUGUAUAUAAAAUUAUAUAUAUAUAUAAAAUCUCAAAUUAAUGCCAGUGCCAAGGUAGAGCUGAGUCCAACAUGGCACUCACAUCUCCACUGGACUCUGUGUUGCUUCAUUCUUUCUCACAGUGAUGGGAAAGCUUUUCUCUCACGUGGCUCUUCCAUCCAACUCUUAACUUCAGCAUCAUACCUUAGAGAUCAAAUGAACCUACAGCUGCACCUACCUACUGCCAUUUGGGAGGGGGAACAGGGGAUCCAUGUGGGGAAUCUGGAACCAGAAUCUGUACAGGACAUGGUGGGGGCAGAGGCGUGGGGGGAAUGACACAAAAAGCGUGUCCAUUGCAGCCAGAAGGGAAAAUGCAAAGAGCAAGCAAAGGAACAAAUGAAGCAUUUGAGCCACUUCAACAACGUACCUCCUCAAGGCCAUUAUCAGAAACCCACCCAAGUUCUUUUUCUUUCUUAAAACAAAA